AUGGUAUCUCAUGACACGCUUUCCGGCCUUGGCAUGUGUGCAGUGGCACUGCUUUAUGGGGUGCAGGCGUUGACCAAAGGCCACGAUUUGUCGUCGGCCCCGCUCAUGGAACAGGAACAUGGAGCAAUCUGGUACGACACUGCAGGAAAGAAAGCUGCGAUCGAAGACAUCCUUGGGGAAGGAGGAAUGGACAGUGUGCGACUUCGUCUGUGGGCCGCGAAAGAGUACGGCUUGGAAUACACGUUGGCACUGGCGCAGCGGUACGUCAAAGCGGGUUACAAGAUAUUCCUCGAUCUGCACUUUUCCGACAUUUGGGCGCAGCCCUCGGACCAGCACACUCCGUCCGCUUGGGACAAUUCGUCGAUGGAGACGUUGGCAGCUGCGUGUCGCGACCACGUGAGCUCAACGCUCAAUGCUUUUACUAAAGGUGGAGUCGAGCUCGACAUUUUGUCGAUUGGCAAUGAAAUCACGGCUGGAUUCCUCUAUCCGACUGGAAAGAUCAAGAACAACGACUUUGGUCCGUUUGCGAAGCUAUGGAAAGCCGCGCGCCAAGGUGUGGCGGAUGCCGUGACGGCCGGGACAAAACAGCCAAAGGUCAUGAUCCACUUGGACAACGGCUGGAAGUACGAGACCAUGUCGUGGUUUUUCAAGGGCCUCCUUGCCGAGGGUACGCUAGGUAUCGACGACUUCGAUGUGCUUGGGUUCUCCUUCUACCCGUACUAUGACGUGCACGCGACGCUUCCAGCGCUCACCCACUCGCUCACGGAACUCGCAAAGACCUACAAGAAACCAAUCUACGUCGCAGAGACUGACUGGCCCACGAAUUGCACGACAGUCACGCUAAGUGAAGACUUUGCAAUCAGUGCUCGAGGUCAACGAGACUGGAUGACGGCCAUCAUGAACAUCCUGGAAGGCUUGCCAAAUGGACUAGGCGCUGGCAUUUUCUACUGGGAGCCAGGGUUUAUCUCCGUGGCGGGACUUGGCAGUGCAUGUGGGUCGAACUUGCUCUUCGACGUCAAUUGGAAUUCAUGGCCGGCCACGCACGCCAAAGCGCUCUCGUCAGUCUUCAUGUUUGAAGAAGGUGGUUCGAAGAAAGACAAGGGCAAGGAUCCUCAGUGUCACCAGCCCGCUAGAGGUCCUCCAGCCGGGUCCCCCAAGGACGCCCAACAUGACUUCUCGCAACUUGACGCGAACGGCUGUUCGGAAUGA